GCUAGUAUCUGCUGGCAACUUUCAUCACCGGCGUUUUCUGUCUUCUCGGGUAGUUUGCAGGUGCAAGUAGGGUAUCCGCUGUAGCAUUGCCGCGAUAUAUUGCUCGUCAUCUUUCAGGAAAGAAGCCGCUCAACAAACGAUGUCAUCCAAGAAGAGGUCAAAGGUUGAAACGGACAGCGAUUCGGACUCGGGGCCUGACGACAGGAACGUGCCCCAGAAGAAGGGCAAGCCCGACGAGAAGAAGACCGCAAGCGCCAGCCGGGACACUAACGCCGACGGAGAGGAGAGAUUCAUGCUGGCCAAGAAGCGGUACCUCACCGUGCGGGAGUUCAAGGGCAGGGUCAUGGUGGACAUCCGGGAGUUCUACGAGGACAACAACGGCGACCUGAAACCCGGGAAGAAGGGCAUCUGCUUACAGCUGGACCAGUGGAACGCGUUGAAAGGUCACAUCGAUGACAUCGACGCCGCCAUUCGAAAGCACUGAGCAUCGCUGCUGCCAGGAACCAAUAUCAUAAGUUGUCUGUUGUUAAAAUGUUUCGUUGAGUUGUUAUAAUUUUUUUUUUUUUUCGAAAAUCUUUUGGUUUGGGUGAUUGACCAUUUGCAUAUCGCGCUCCGAACGACCCCCAACAACUUGGAAGCGCUCAUUGGCUCUUUUUGUACGACUAUGUUCCAUAAAAAUAAAGUUGCGCUUGGAUGCAGUA